AUGAACCGUGGUUACUUGAAGAAUCUUUAUCUCCAGCAGCUAGAGACAGGACGAUAUUCAGAUGUGUUUAGAGAAAGCUUGCAGAGCAUAGUGUCCAUGAAAAUAAUGAACACAGUCAUGUCCCUUGCAGCAAAGGACGAUGAAGAGGCACCGUUUAUGGAUCUUCUAGAGUUAAUUCUUCGGAAUCUUGAAAGCAAUGUUGUAUUUUAUGAGAAGUUCAGGAAGUCGAACUUCCAUCUUCUUCUAUUUGAAAGACCAUUGAGGAUGGAGAGCUACACCAAGCUGAAGGCCAUCUACGAUAAAGUUGGGGCAAGGAGAGUUAGCCCAGGAUUCGAGCAUACAGAAUUUCUCAGCAAAAACUUUUAUAACUACUGCCUGUACAAGCACGCGUAUGGUGACUAUCAGUUUGAUCUUGAGUUGGAUGUAAGAGGACUGGGCCCUGUGGAGAUGAAUCUUUUCAAGAGUCUCCUCAAGAUGGUAUGCAUCGAAAAUAGAGAGAACGAGCAUCUUGCCAAUUAUAUAAAGACUCUUCCUAUUGACAAGGACGUUUUUCUUGCAAUAGUCAUGCCAAGCAUCAAAAUAGAUGACUCCAAGAUUUCUCCCGAAGACGUGUUCCUUGUGCACCCCUUCCAGGUCAGAGGCUCUGAUCCAAAGCGGUUUGUAAAGCCAUUUCUGUGCAACCUGAAUUUUCACGAGGGCGCUUGCAGGGUCUGCAGCAGGCAAAUACUGAAAUCUGACUUUGAGGAGAUCAGUUGUGAGGAGUACAUAAGCAUCAUAGAUGGAAAUAUCGAGGAAAUAUGCUUCGGGGUAAGCCAUUGGGAGAGGAUGAGAACGUCUCGUAUGCUUACAGUUAUCCUCAGGGCCUUGUUCAAGGAGCCUAGAGACCUUGAAUGCUAUAGAUGCCUGAAGUACUUUUGGAUAGAGGAGAGAAGUGAGAUGGAAGAUGUGAUGGUGAGGUUUCUAAGAUAUGCAGCCAGUAGGCUGAGCAUUGAAGACGUCCAGAUAUCCAUUAAGAUGUUCCCUUUUACGAAGCACACGCCAAGAAUAAUCUUUGCUUAUUUUGUUAUUCUGUUUGAAGGCUUUCUGAAGUACUCUUCAAAUCCAUUUCUAAGAAAUGUGGUAAAGAACAUAGCAUCAAGGAGCAAAAGCAGGUUUAUGAAGAUAAGAGCAAUGAUAUUUGAAUACUGCUUGAAGAGAAAUUUCGAGUCCCCAUCACAUGCGAAAGAAAAUGCAAGCAACAGAAAAAAAGGAGAUGGCAGAUUUGUAAAGAAAGGCUCAAAUGAAAUGCAGGAGAAUGAGCUUGAAAGCAUGCUUGGUCCACUGUCCGAAUUUUUUGACGAGGAGUGCCAAGCAUUCGUUAGGAACAACAUGUUUUAUAUAUAUCCCAUGAUGUACUCAUCUCUUCCUUGCAGUGCCUCAGAUGUUACGUUCACUCAGGCCAACAUCCAUUUCCUGAUCAUAUCUCUUUUCCUUCAGGGAGAAGAAGACAAAAUAGAGGAAAUGGGAUAUGGGAAAGACGAGCUAUGUGCGAUGGGGGUAGAUGUGAUUGUGCCGCUUCUAUGCAACGGUUACUUCAAAUAUGAUGUCUUGAAGAGGUUUUUUGGAGAUGUCCAAAAAUACAUAGGCAGGCAUCUUCCAAGAUUCUUGUUUGUACUAAAGAAAGUGUAUGUUGAAAGGCCUUUUGAGCUUCAGGUAUGCGUGUUUAAAGUUCUGAAGUGUAUUAUAGAGGCCAUUUCUGGAAACGUGAAAAUGCUGUUCAAUUACCUGUUUCCAUUUAUCGAGUUUUUCAUGAGGAAGCAUGAAGAUACGUGUGGGACGGACUGUAAGAUGAUUUUCAUUGAAUACUAUUCAUCGUUCUUUGAGAAUGACUGUCUUAUUCGGAACAUGCCGAGGAUAUUCCCGUAUUUGGACAUUGAUAAGAUAAUCAGGUGGAGCAAUGCAAAGAAUGAAAAUGAUUGCCUGGAUAUAGUUGCGGGGCUUUUGGAUGCCAGAGGGCACUUUCCUCAGGAAACAUCUACCUUGAAGGCGGUUGAAUUCCUCACAAGGACAUUUGGCGGUUCCGAAGGGGCAGAAGGGUUUGAUGAGGAGACCUUUGUGGAGAAUAUUCUUGUACGGUUUUUUAAGAGUCAGACAUUUAGGGCAAAGAUUGGAAAUGUCUAUAGAGGACUUGUUGGGGCAGGUAACGAUGCUGCAUUCAUGAUUGGAUGUAUAUCCCAAGGGUUUCUGGAACAGGGAGGGCUUCCUUCUGUCUGUGACAUCCCUGUUAUUGAAUGCACCCCAGAGGCGAUAGCCAGGGUGAUGAUCGAGAAGUAUCUAUCUGAGAUAGAUCCUGAAAAGCAAGAUUUGUAUUUUUUCAUAAUACAGGAGGGGCUAAGGUUUAUUAAAGAGCCCCUGAGUGAGAGGAUAGAGGAGAUUGUUGAGCAGUUUAGAAGCACGCAAUACCUCUACAAGCAUGUUCCUUCGCAUCCGGUUGAGAAGGUGUAUGAGAAGACAUAUUCCUUUAAGAAGUUUCUUGAACGGCUCUAUCGGUAUUCUCUUAGAGAGGUUGAGAAGACCGGCAUGAAUGAUUAUUUCAACCUUCUCAAAUACGGAGACCUGCUUGACACCCAAUUUCUGGAGUUUCACUGUUUAUGCCUGGCAAGGCUAGCUUUGGAUAUGGGUGAUGGAAAGAUCCUUGACGUGGCCAGGAGCAUAGCCUCUGAUUUGCAAGGGGGAGUGGAUAGAAGAAUUGCAAGGUUUGUCUUGAAGCUGCACAGGUUUACAAAUGGAAAGCACAUUUCUGAUCAGGAGAUCCUUAGGAUAUCAAUCUUUCUCAAAGACCAUUACAGCUCUGCUCAGGUUUUGGAGAAGAUGAUAAGAAAGGAGAGAAAGAGAGAGCUUUUCGACAUUCUGCAAUACUGUUACUACUCUGUCAAGGACUAUGAUAAGGUGCUGGGUAUAAGCUCCGUGUUUUCUAGGCCAACUCUGAUUAAUUUGUUCUUCAAGUUCUGUGUAGACAAGAACUUUACAGCAGCAAGGAAAUGCCUAGGAUAUGAAGUAAUGGCAGGGGAUGGCGGGGUGGAGAGCGAUAGAACGGACGAGGGAGGUUCUUUAGCCCAAGACCUGGAACUGAAAGUUUUGUUAUCUGAAAUCAUAGACGAGUGCCAGGAUGAUGAGGUCAUGAAAUUUAUGGAUGAUUGCAAAAGAAUAGAAAAGGAUUUUUCUGAUUGGAAGAAUCUAUCAAGUAAAAACGAGAUAUUCAGGCACUUCAUAAAGGAUUGUGAGCUUGUGUCCAAGAGCAAAAACUUGCUUAAGACCUUGGAUUUGAUAGCGGGGAGAAGGGAGUUGGCAGGAGAUGACAGGAUGCUUCUGGAAUGCCAUGAAAGCCUUGUGGCGGGGAUCAGGUCCAUGAUAAGUGCAAAGGACGAUAUAUCGUGUGAUGAAAUGUUUGAAUCCUUGGUUGCUUCUUCGAAGCAAGAUAUCACAGAGAGCCUUAGCCAAGGGCUUCAUAACAAAGAAUAUUUUGAUGAUUUUGCAUCUGUGGACACAGCUUGGGUGGAGAGACGUCCUGAAAGGAUAGGGUAUAUGGAUAGAAGCAAGUCUGGGAGUGUGAGCAGAUACACUACUCUGGAUGAGUUUGAAAGAGACCUAAGACUUGCAAUGAUAAAAAGCUAUCGGGGAGACAACGAUGUAAACAGAUGUAUUCAAGAGAUUGGAGACAUGCUACUUAAGAGGGAAUGGUGUGUGCUGUAUGAGCUAGCAGAACUGAAUGUUCUGCAGGGAAAGAUAAGCGAUGCGAAAUCGUCUCUCAAGAAGGUUUUGGAGUUGUUUCCGAGAACAUCGUUAUUCUAUAGAAAAGCUUUAAUUAGACAUGCCGAGCUUGUGGACACAAAAACAGGAUAUGAUUCUGCACUAUCCAUCCUGAGGGACUCUGGAAAGCUAUUUCUCCUUGGAGCCAAGAAGUUUGAGAGUACGGAACCUGUAAAGGCAAUGGAGAUGUACGUCAACAGUGUGGUACACGACAGCCAGUAUUCUGAUGAAGCCGUUCCCAGAAUAUUCCAUUUGCUUUCUGAGAUGACGCCAUCAAAAGAUAUCAAUGUAGGUGGCGAGCUGAUAAAGAAACUUCUGGAGUCUUGUCUGUCAUUGCUUCCUCCGUAUUAUAACCAGAUACUUUCUAGGCUGAGUCAUCCGAAUCAAGAUGUAGCCGAGGUGGUAUCUAGAACUGUACUCGAGCUUAUGGAGAGGUAUCCAAGCAAAACAUUUUGGAGGUCCUUGAUAAUGAUGAACUCGCAAGUUCCAAGUACAAGGAAGCGCAUGGAAAGGAUCAUUUCCGAGCUUACGCUCGAUAACAAGGUGGUUCUGUCCAAUGUCAGAAGAAUAUCUGAGGAGUUAGUGAAAAUCUCGAAAUCAAAGAAGAAUGAGCUAACCAUGCACGAGGACUUUCCGGAGUUUGGCAGGAUGUUUCCAAUUGAUGCAAUGGUUCCAAACACUAAUAUAUCAAUCGGUGGGGUGAAGGAUGAGGUGAAGGUCUUCAAUUCUCUCCAGCGCCCCAAGAGGAUAUGCUUUAUAGGGAGCGAUGGAAAGUGCUAUUAUUGGCUUUGCAAAAACCAGGACGAUUUAAGAAAGGAUAGCCGGUUCAUGGAUCUGAACCUCAUAAUUAAUAGCAUACUCAGGAAACAAAGCAGCGAGAAGUACAUCCGGACUUAUGCUGUGAUACCGUUUAGUCACGAAAGUGGAAUUAUAGAAUGGAUCAACGGAUUGAGUUCACUCAAGGUCAUAUGCGACUCAUACUACUCGAGAGAUGGAAUCUCUAUAUCUGAAACUGCAUGCAGGUUUGUAAGCAGCAGGAAGAUAGGGAUGAGGGAAUGGCACAAGGUUGUCUUGAAAUUCCAUCCGAGAUUUCAUUUGUGGUUUAGCGAUAACUUUCCGCAUCCGUAUAGUUGGCUGGUAGCAAGAAACAACUAUACCAGAACAUAUGCAAUAAUGAACAUUGUAGGGUGGUUCAUGGGCCUAGGAGACAGGCACGCGGAGAAUAUUCUUUUUGAUUCAAACACCGGCGAUACUGUUCAUGUUGACUUGAAUUGCAUCUUUGGAAAGGGGAAAGAACUGCAGGUUCCAGAAAGAGUUCCCUAUAGACUCACACAAAACAUAGUGGAUGCGUUUGGAGUGCUUGGGCUGGAAGGUUCGUACAAUGCCACUCUUUGCACAACUUUAGAGCUGUUUCUUAGAAACAGGAAUAUUCUAGUAUCUAACCUUCUGUCCUUUGUGUAUGAUCCUUUGUUUGAGUGGAGAAGAAAGUCCACAACAGUACCAAAAAGGAUUAUCGAGGAUCUGUACCGUAAGAUUGACGACUUAGAUGCUAGCAGUAAGUGUGAUGUGCUUAACGAGGAAGCAACGAAAGAUGAAAACCUAUCUAUGAUGUACAUUGGAUGGCUCCCAUUCGUUUGA